ACACAACCAGGAGUCCCUAGAAGUAAUAAGGGAUGUGGUCCAUAAGAACCGCUGCCACGUUCUGUUCCCUGAGGUGUUCAGUAGCUACCCCUACAGAGUCAACGUUACAGCUGUCAACGCCCUGGGAAAAGCCUCCACCACCAUCACCUUUGAAGAGAUCAACAUAGGUUUAGUCUGGAGUAAAUGGGUAGAUAAUAGCUUCCCAGACUCCACCGUCUGCAGUCUGAGCCUCAGGGAGGACCAUGUCCUUAGUGAAACCAGACCCCCUGAAAGGGUGGUGGCCACUCCCAUCCCCAGCAACGUGCGUCGUCUGGAGGUCACCUGGAACAGUCCCUCAACCUGGCCUGAUGUAGAGAUCUUCCCCCUGAAGUACUUCCUACGAUACAGACCCCUCAUUAGAGACCAGUGGCAACACGUGGAGUUGUCAGACAGUACGGCCCACACCAUAACGGAUGCGUACGCAGGGAAGGAGUACAUCAUCCAGGUGGCUUCUAAGGACAUGGAGAUCGGCACCUGGAGUGACUGGAGCGUCGCGGUGCACGCUACCCCCUGGAUGGACAAACCCCAACAGAUCCCCUCCACCACCGAGCAGGAACCACUCCUCGGUACGUACCCCAACCCUGACCCAAACAGAUCCCCUCCACCACCGAGCAGGAACCACUCCUCGCCACUCUCAGCCCAUCCCACCUACUCGUUCUGA